CACGGUUCCAUGUUUAGCCUUUUGAGGCUUGGAAAGACCCUAAAGGUUUUGGCUUAAUGGACUUACCAACGAAACAAGUAACAUACACACUCUCUUUCCUUAAAUGGAUGACGUCUCUCCAAAAGGGAUGAGGUUCUGUCGUUCUGUCGCUUGAGCUCGCUCCACUUCACUCUUCAGCGAUGCGUUCCGACCGGGCCGAUCCGACUGCCAUCUCUACCGCCAUGGGCUGCGGUGCCGGUGCACUUCAGUCUCGUUGCCAGAACCCAGCCUGUGCGUAUUUGCUUCAAGAACCACUAUGUGAUCAAGCUGCAACCUCCUUUUGUUGCGCAACCUGCCAAAAAUUGCAUGACAACAGUCUUGUUUGGGAUGUGCCGACUGACAUCAACACAAGAAACAUCUCCGAGGACAUCAAGAGCCAUGUGAUGUCGCCAGCGCUUCCAUGGCCAUUAGCCAGGAUGCAUCUCCGAGGAUUUUGGCAGGAUAAGGGCGAAUUGGAGCGGAAGAGCUUUUUGUACAUCGCUUUGGUGCGGAAUGGGAAGGAGUUGCAUUGUCGAAAGAUCAGUGGGAAAGAACCUGCACCACGUGUGGCCAGUCACUUCGAGUUCUGCUUGGAUCGCGGAAGCGUCUGGGUACAAGAUGCCAAACCCGGAGACUGCUUUGAGAUGAAAUAUCAGGUCGGCAAGAGGUGUCGAUUGAUGGCCAGUGGUAUGAGCAUUGUGCUGGUACCAAGGGAACUUGAAUCUUGUGAGCAUGAAGGGCAGUGCCAACAAAUCACAGCCAAAGCUCUCACGACUGGUCGCUGCAAAAACCCUAUGUGCUCCUAUGUUGCCGAGAGACGAGGCUAUUGUUGCAAGGCCUGCGAGCAAUAUCGAGCUACGAGUACUUCCAGGAGGCUCAAGAACAUCCGUCACCACUGGCACGGUGAGGUCACAGAUCAGCCUCAAAGCAUUGGAACUUGCCCGCUCAAGUCUUCCAUCCAAAUGCUUCGCUUUCAUUGCUGGUGGCGUUCUGAACAUGUAGACAGCAAGCUGAAGCUGUGCCUCUUGCGCAACAAGUCGCAGAUCCAGUGCUUGUCCCUGACCGAUGAAGCUCCAGCAGAGUGGCAGCUCUUCCAAAAGGUCUUGAAAGACCAUCCACUUAUACAGGAAGCCGAAGAAGGUGAUGAGCUUCAAGUUCAGUAUCAAGCAGCAGGGAAGAUGGAUGUGGUCAAUACUUGUAUCACGAGUUUCUCUUCUGAAUUUGCUCAUGAGUCUAGUUGCUCACGUUGCCCUGCUCCAAGUCGGAGGGCAGCCAGUGGCGUAUCAUUGUGAAGACGAUGACGGUGUUGACGAUCCAAAUCAAUUGCUUGUUUGACACAAGGUGUGCCUUCCACAUAUGUUGAGGUCCUUUGGACUAGUUUGUUGCAUGAGUGUCCAAUACAAUUCAGGUCAAAUAAAUGGAUUGACCAUUUGGGACAAUCGCGAAUUUGUUGACCUUGUCAAAGGUCACUAGAACUAGACCUUGUUUUGCUCCGGUGGCCCUAGGCCUUGAGCCAAAUGUCGGUGAAUUCGUUUGAACUUUCGGGCGGUUUGGUCCCGUUUGUGGCCGUGUGGACUUGCUGUGUUGACUCCGAAGUGCCCGAAAGGCCGAUUGAUGUGAGGCUGUCGAGUCAACAUGGUAGAUCCAUUUUGCCACACAAAGUGCCAAGUUGAUGGAAAAGGGGG